AUGGAAGCAGUAAAAAGAACAAAUGUGCAACUUCAACCUUUCAGAACACAAAAUGAAGGUUUAUCUGACGUAAAUGCACAUGAAAUUGCUGUUACAAUACAAACAGAUAACCACAUGAUUGCUAUGGCAACUGAGAGUAUAGAGAAUAUGCCUGAGAGUGUACCAUCCACUCAACAUGCUGGAGAGGGGCCAUCUGACUCAACACAAGCUUCAGCACAACAGAACAACAUGUGUUUUGAAGAAUCAAAGAGAAGAUGUGAUGUUGAUGUUAGGAUUGUUAGAGAAGCACCACAAUUUAACAUCAAUGAAUUCAAGUUUCCUGUGAAAUAUAUGGUGUGGAAAAAGAUGGAGAAUAUUCUUAAACCAGUAUCUCCUCUUCUGGAUCCACAAACUGCUCACCCUGGUCUUAUUCUCUCUGAAGAUCGAAGAACACUCAAGCAGAAAUACUGGCCCAGAUUCACAGACCAUCAGCAGGGCUUUGCAAUACCUUCUGGAGUCCUCAGCUCUGAAGGAUUCAACUCAGGCAGACACUACUGGGAGGUUGAAGUAGAAGUGGAACCUGGUGGUGGCUGGUUUGUGGGAGCAGUCAGAGAGUCUGUGAAGAAAAGUAGAGUAGUCACACUACAGGAUGGGUACUGGGCCGUAGAACUUGGAAGAGACUGUGAAUAUUCUUAUAUUACCCAGAACUGCUCCCUCAAGCUGAUGCCACUUAAAAUGCUAGUUUGUCUGGAUUGGGAAGCAGGUCAGCUGUCAUAUUACAAUGCAGAUACAUUCUCUCAUCUACACACUUUUAACAAUUCUUUUACAGAGAAAAUGUUUCCGUACUUCUUUAUCCAGAAUGCAUGCAUUCGAAUUACAUAAUCUGUGAUUAUAUGUCUCAGCUUCUUUGCUCAAGAAUUCUAACCGAGCCAAAAAUAAUGGGGGAGGAGGAUAAAAGCCCCCAUAUCAGGGAUAUGGUUUUAAAUAUUACUCUGAUUCACUUAAAUAUAAUAGAACAAUAGUUUUUGCAUUGGCAUUCAUUUUCAGAACAAUAAGAAGUAUAAAACUCUAAUGUAUGGCAUUAUUGACUGGCUAUAAUCCUCAGUGAUUUACCAAUCAAAAAUGUUACAAGGGACAGGACAAA